UCUUCUCUGCCUUAGGUUCCCAUGGGAACUUCUUGGGGUGACCUUGCAGAAGGGGUGAGGGUAGAGGUGCCCAAUACAGAUAGCGGCCUGCCAAUGAAGGUGUACUGGAUAGCAGGAGUUAUCAAAUUAGCAGGCUUUAAGGCACUGCUACGGUACGAGGGGUUUGAUGGUGACUCUGGCAGGGAUUUCUGGUGUAACAUCUGUGUCCCUGACAUCCACCCGGUGGGCUGGUGUGCAGCAGGAGGAAAGCCCCURGUUCCUCCCAAGUCCAUUCAGCACAAGUGCACCAACUGGAAAGCGUUUCUUGUGAACUGCCUAACAGGAGCAAAGACUCUACCUAUUGAUUUCUCCACCAAGGUGCAGCAGAGCAUGCAGUUCCCCUUUAAGAAGCUGAUGCGUGUGGAGGUGGUGGAUAAGACUCACCUGUGCCGGACGCGGGUGGCCCUGGUAGAGCAGGUGAUCGGAGGUCGGCUUCGGCUCGUCUACGAGGAGUGCGAGGACGGCUCGGACGACUUCUGGUGCCACAUGUACAGCCCACUGAUACACAGCAUCGGCUGGUCCCGCGGCAUCGGACACCGCUUCAAGAGAUCUGAUGUUKCAAAGAAACUUGAUGGCCAAGUAGAUGCCCCAGGACAGCUUUUUGUGAAGGUGAAGGAUGUUGACCAGAGCGGGGAGUGGUUUAAAGAUGGCAUGAAGCUGGAGGCUAUUGACCCUUUGAAUCUAUCAGCUAUUUGUAUUGCUACUGUUAGAAAGGUCUUGGCGGAUGGAUACCUCAUGAUCGGAAUUGAUGGUUCCGAGGCAGCUGAUGGCUCUGACUGGUUCUGCUAUCACUCCACCUCUCCCUCUAUCUUUCCUGCUGGAUUCUGUGAAAUCAACACAAUUGAACUCACCCCUCCACGUGGGUACACAAAACUCCCAUUCAGAUGGUUUGACUACCUCAGGGAAACGGGUUCAGUGGCAGCUCCGGUGAAGCUCUUUAACAAGGAGGUUCCAAACCAUGGGUUCCGCCCUGGCAUGAAGCUGGAGGCUGUGGACCUGAUGGAGCCCCGGCUGGUGUGUGUUGCCACAGUGACACGUAUUGUAUAUAGACUACUGCGCAUCCAUUUUGACGGCUGGGAGGACGAGUAUGAUCAGUGGGUGGAUUGUGAAUCACCUGACCUCUACCCUGUGGGUUGGUGUCAGCUGACUGGCUACCAACUACAGCCACCAGCUGUGCUAGCCUCUAGAGAGCUCCCUCCGAGUGUGACAAAGCAGAAGAAGAAAUCCCAGCAGUACAAAGGCCAAAAGAAAAAGAGGAAGAUCCCCAUUGGUAAGCGGCCAGUGAGUUUGUCGGGGGUGGUAUUGAGUGGAGUGCCCCAGAGGAACCUAUCUGGAGACGAGAACAUGACCCCGCCAGACUACCCAUCUCCUCCCACGCCAGCAUCUGCCCCUGGGAACGCACAGCCUCCCUCGGCAGCCCAGGAACUCGGCCCCAACGGAAAGCCAGGGGUGACGCUGCAGCUGAAGGAGGAGGUUCAGGAGACGGACGAGUUCACUUUCCUGCAGGGCACAGCCUCUGACCUAGAGAACAACGGCUCCGGCUGCAGUUACUACAUCAAACAGGAGCCCUGAGCCUCCAUGGGGCACUGCUGCACCUACCACCGGAGGGCCAUCCUGGGGGCAAGAAGGAGCCUGUCCACUCCCUCUCUCUCCACAGCACCAGAGACCAUGGGCCCUGGGUGGCAUCCCCACAACAUUAACAUGGAAGGUCACCAAGGGCACCAAGCUGUGCCCAUAGAGAGAUUCAGGACAGAACGGCUCAAAGACUAGUUCCAAACAGACAGCGCAAACGGGGAGAGGAGUGUAGAAAAUAAAGGAAAAAAGAGAGGUGCGUAAAUGACAAUAACUUUACAUUUCAGUUCAGUUUUUUGUACUAAAACAAAAAAAAAGUUUUUGUACGAUUUUUUAAAAUCCGAGAUCUUUUUGUGCAUCUCUCGUAUUCGUUACUUUGAGGUAGGGUAAUCUUUUGAUGGAUAAACUGUGUGAUGUUUUAGUGUAUAUAUAUAUAAUCAGAUUUUCCAAAAAACAGGGUGUAUGUACAGUUGAAGUCGGAAGUUUACAUACAC